CGAGCACGACGACAGACAGAGCCCUCGACCGGACCAACAAACGAACUGUGCCUUGCCUGCGACUGCGAGCGAGCGAGCGAGCGAACCGAGGAGGACAGCGCAACCGCCGGAUCGAUCCGCCCCCUCCCCCUCCCCGCCGAUCGCCACCGCUCCCCGUCGACUUCGCGCGGACCCGGCCGAAGGCGCCGGCCAUGGGCUGCUCCUCCUCCGCGCCAGCUAGAAGCACUGGAGGGCUGAACAAUAUCAACGGUAGCUCUUCCGCCACCGAUUCAAACGACUUGCGUGCCAAGUUGGUAUUGCUCGGAGACUCUGGUGUUGGAAAAAGCUGCAUCGUUCUUCGCUUUGUUCGCGGUCAGUUCGAUCCAACUUCCAAGGUAACUGUUGGUGCAUCAUUUUUAUCACAAACAUUGGCGUUGGAGGAUUCGACAAUAGUGAAGUUUGAAAUCUGGGAUACUGCUGGACAAGAGAGAUAUGCUGCCUUGGCACCUCUUUACUACAGAGGAGCUGCUGCUGCGGUUGUUGUCUAUGACAUAACUAGCCCAGAAUCAUUUAAGAAAGCACAAUAUUGGGUGAAGGAACUUCAAAAACAUGGUAAUCCUGGUAUUGUCAUGGUUUUGGUUGGUAAUAAAGCUGAUCUACAUGAAAGUCGAAGCGUACCUUCUCAGGAGGCACAAGAGUAUGCAGAGAAGAACAGUAUGUUAUUCAUGGAGACGUCAGCAAAAACAUCUGAUAAUAUAAAUCAAGUAUUUGAGGAAAUCGCGAAGAGGUUGCCCAAGCCAACAACGUCUUGAUAAAUAAAUAGCUCUCGUGUACUAUAUUGAGAUGGAGUGACACGCGCAAGUCUGUACCAUGUAAUGCAUUUAAAUGCUCGAGGUUAAACUGAGCAUUUGAUUGGAAAUUGAGGAUAAUGUAAAGCUAGCUUAUAUUUCAUCGUGUUAAGUGCAAGUAUUGCGCAAAUAAAUGGUGUUAACUGUGGAUA